AUGUCGGUAAUGCAAAAGCGUCAGCACUGUUACCUGUGCGACUUGCCCCGCAUGCCGUGGGCAAUGUUGCAUGAAUUUUCAGAGGCAGUGUGUCGUGGAUGUGUAAAUUAUGAGGGUGCAGACCGCAUCGAAGUGGUUUUGGACACUGCGAGGCAGCUAAAGCGCGCCCAUGGAUUUCAAGAGGGCCGCGGGCCAACUCAUGCCAAAGGAGCUCAUCGAACACCGUUAGAAGCUCACCAGAAUGGGGGAGAAACAGCAACAAGAGGCCAACCGGCUCCACCGGCACACCAUGGUCCUACAACUGGAUAUUUACAUCACCCCCGUCCCGCAGCUAGUGCUGGACUUUUAGCCGAGUACGGAGGUAGACGUGAAGAACAUGAAGGUAGACGGUUGGCGCACCUGCCUACACACCACCUGUCCACACACGCCGGAGCGCGGUUAGCCCCCGGUCUAGCACUAAAACGUCAAUUGGAUGAGGAUGAUCAUCAGAACCAUCAUGAACCGGCUAAGAGACUGCUAGAGGAACACGCUCGGCCACCGCUAACCCGUGGCGAUUCCUUGCCAGCAGUUUCAUUAGCAGCUCCCUUUGCCCCGGAACGUGUGUUUAAACAAGAAAAGCACCCUCUACGCACCCCAUCUUUCGAUGCUUCUUCCUUCAAAUCAAAUGUACACAAUAUUUCCACAGGUUAUGGAAAUGCGGCACCAUUGACGAAUGGAUCAGCUGGAUCACCACUGGGUCGCACGGCUGGUUCACCUCCAGUGACUGGUGUUGCCGGAGCCGGCCCAUCACCAAUGGCCGCACUGAUGUCUGUAGCUGACACAUUGCCUCCUGGUUCACCGCGAUCUGCUGGUGGUUCUCCACCACAGCCUCCGCCACAAAGAUCCGCCAGCCGCUCUAGCCAACACUCGCCUAAUUCAUCAGGGUCGAACGGCGGGCGGCGGUCGUCGGGCUCCCGGCACGUGUCGUCGACGACAUCGGUGUCGUCGACCGAGGCGGGCGAGGGCACGGAGGCGGCGGCGCCAACUCCCGCUCCUCUGCUCAAGUGCACGCUCUGCCAGGAGCGCCUUGAAGACACGCACUUCGUGCAAUGCCCCAGUCAGCCUCACCACAAGUUCUGCUUCCCCUGCUCCCGAGACUCCAUCAAGCGACAGCAAGGAUCAGAGGUAUACUGUCCAAGUGGGGAUAAAUGUCCAUUGGCAAAUUCGACAGUUCCAUGGGCUUUUAUGCAGGGUGAAAUAGCUACAAUCCUCGGUGAGGAGUUCAAGCCGAAGAAGGAACGGGAGACCUAG